CUUUAAGUUAUAUUAUUGUCUUUUUUUUAUAAUAAAUUAAUGGAUGUCUAAAAUACAAUAACAAACUUUGGCGUCUCUAUUUGCUUUUUAAUUUUUGUAAAAAAAAGAAAAAGUGGAGAAAAAGAACGCAUGGUAACAAGGAUGAACGGAGAAAUUUGCGUACCUGCAAAAUGGAAACACAAGUAACAAGGAUAAGGAUGAGCGUCGUCUGAAGACAGUAACGAAAUGAGUCACUGACUUCAACCGCCAUGAGAAACUUGAUUCAUUCAAACACUCUUCAGGUAAUUUCAAAACCAAAACUGAAAACUGAGGAGUUUAUAGAAAAGUUGCUUAACAGAAGGUGGACAUUGCCAUGCCCUGAAACAAAAAUUCACCAAGUAAUACAUGGAAAUGGAUUGCACGGUCGUAACUUCCUAUUGAACACGCAGCCGGCUUUUCGUGAUGGCACGGUUGAGAUGGAUAAACAGAAGAAGAGCUUUUAUAUAGUGCGGGAUGAUUUGUUGCACCCGCUGAUUAAUGGAAACAAAGGAAGAAAACUGGAUGGACUACUUCCUCUGAUUGAAGAUUAUUCCGUGACCGACGUGGUUACUUGCGGAGGAUGUCAGAGUGCCCACACAGCUGCUAUUGCUGUUCUGUGUGCUGAGAGAGGAAUUGUAUCGCAUCUGCUUCUACGAGGAGAGCAGCCUGAAAUCUUGACUGGCUAUAACUUGAUGUCUACAAUAUACGGAAAUGUCACAUAUGUUCCAAGAACUAUUUAUGCGAACAGGGAAGACAUGCUAAAGAGCUAUGCUAAAUCAGUGGCUGGAAACCAUGGUUCUGUCCAUUGGUUCAGUGAUAUCAUUCAAGCUUCUUCAAAUUUUAUGCAAAUGGAUGUAAGUACAAGUGAGGGAAACCAUCUUCAAAAGAUUUUAAUUGUCAAUGAAGGUGCAGGUGAUUCUGUUGCUCUACUAGGUAUUAUUCGGUUAGUGCAAUACUUAUCACAGGAUCAUUUACUUGGAAAACAAAGGGCCAUGAAAUUUGUUCUGGAUGCUGGUACUGGCACAACAGCUGUUGGUAUAGGACUUGCAGCCCAUUGCUUAGGACUCCCGUGGGAAGUAUAUGCAGUCAUGCUGGCUGAUAAAAUUGAUGGGUACAGAAAACAGGAGGAACGUUUGACCUCUGAAUUCAAGAAGCAUUUUAAUUUUGAGUUCAGUGAACACAAUCUAAACAGAGAAGAUGCAGGCAUUGUGCACUGGGUAGAGCGUGGCCAUGCAAGAAAAUUUGGUAAUAUUUUGGAGGGGGAAAUGGAAGCAUGUCAGCAAAUUGCCCAAGAGACUGGGAUUCUUGUGGAUCCUGUGUACACUUUAGCUGCUUGGGAAACAGCUAUGCUUCUUUCUGGCAAAGAAGCUGAAGGAGGACCAGAAGUGGUGAUGCUUCACACUGGUGGCACAUUGGGUAUGUUUGGGUUAGCACAGAGGUACAAAAAUUAUUUUGGCAAGCUCAAAAAAGGGGUCAAUCUUUAUUAGAAAAGCUAUCUUUUAACUUAGGUGACAAGUUGAGAUGCUUUAUUCCUACCAUUCAUAAUUUUCAGCUGUUCUCCUGUUCAUAUAGAAAUGCAGCAUGAAAAUUCCCAUUCCUAUUGAGUUACUGUAAUCUACUAAUACGACACUAAUGAUCAAUUUCAUUGUAGUUGACAACUGAUAGCAUGAAAAGUUGUUCUUAAGUAAUUUUUCAUU